AUGUCUCUUUCAAGAGCUUUCACAACUAGGCGCAAUGCCAAAAUGGAAGACGCUGCGCUCAAGAGAAACCUCACCACCAAGCACUCCUUUGGAUCAUCACUGAGACAAGUAAAGAUCUCUGCGCCUGUCGAACUUCUAUCUACGACGAACAUGCUCUCAUACAACGCACCAGAUCUGUAUCCAAGCAGUGGCGCCUCGAGGUCUUCCCAGUCCGGAGAUGAGUCCGACAGAUCGCCUUCGAACAGAUCGACACCCAUGACUUCUCCAGAUACCUCAUCGGUUGAAUCCUCUCCUACUACUCCAGAGCCUAAUCAACUAUCAUGUUACUUUGGCACCUCGAAAUCAAUUGCUUCAGACAAUGAUGCGCCGUUGAUUCCAAAAAGAUCGCCCUCACAUACCAAGAAGCUCAGUGUCGAGAGAUCAGCCUCUCGGAUGUCAGCCUCCCGAAAGGGCAGCAUGUCAACAGCUCGGUCAUCUAUCAACAUGUUUGCCGCAAACCCAGAUGUCAUCGACCAGCACCCAUUCGGCAACGAGCUCGCUCAGGUUUCCGAACUGGCUGAGGACUUUGGAAUUAGUAAGGAGAGGUUAGCAGUCGUCGAUGAGGAGGAGCAAGAACUGGCCUCCAGGGGCCUUUUCAAGUUCCGCGCAGAAGAUUACAUGAGCGAAAUCCAAGGACUUUUCCUGAGUACCUUUGGCGAUUCCAGACCAGCUAUGUCAUCCAUGUGGAUCUAA